ACGGUCAAGAUCUCACAAAACUUGUGUGAAACAGACACUCUCUUCCUUUUCCUUUGGUUUUUUGUUUCUCUCUUCUGUUCACGUUUUUGUGAACAAGGAACCUUUUCCAUUGAAUUCUUCUUUUUCUUUCUCUUCUUCUCUCAAAUGGAGAGAGAUUUCAUGGGUUUGAACUCAAAAGAACCACUCUCUUUUGUCAAAGAGGAAAUCAAUGAUGUUGGAUGCAAAAACUCGAGCUUCAUGAAGGGUUCAGCUGCUCAAUGGCCCUUCUACAACAAAGUCUCUAAUCCGACACAUUUGAUGUCUUUCAAGGUUUCUCAAGAUGAUAAUAAGACUAAGAUCUUAUCUGAUCCUAUAACAUCUGCUGCUGGUUUUAUGUCUGUUCUAAGUCCUACUGCAUUUGACUCUAGUCAUAAACGCUCUGCUGCUGAACAUCAGAAAUGUUUAAAUCAUGAUGGGCAAGGUGGCUUUCAUUUUUCACUUACUCCAUAUCCUAUACAACAUGAUGUGAAGAUGUUUUCAGUUUCGAAUAAUCAUUUCGUAACCACUGGUCAGAAUAUGAAUGGUUAUAAUGUGACGCUGCCACUACUCGGGGGAAUACCUGUUACAUUGCCUCAAUCAUCUCUUCCCACUGUUGGUGCUGUUGCUGGAAUAACUGAAUCAUGCAAUGUGAAACCGACUGGGCCUUCUUCCCGACUUACCAUCUUCUAUGCGGGUACUGUCAAUGUCUUCGAUGAUAUCUCUGCCGAGAAGGCACAAGCUAUCAUGUUGUUGGCUGGAAAUGGCUUAUCAAUGGCUUCUAACAUAGCACAGACAAAAGUUGCGGCACCUGGCUCGAAGUUGGCAGCUGGUGAUGGUGUGCCUGUGAGUCAACAUGCAAAUACACCACCCUCCUCUGGUCAUCCGAGUCCUAUAUCUAUUUCAUCGCAUGCAGGUACACAAUCAGGCUGCGGCUCAACUAGUAACGAUGAAUUUCUCGCAGUUAAAACAACUGGUGUUCUCGCCACUCUUGUUAGCAAUCUGGAACUCCCAAAAGUAGUCAAUGCUGCCACAAUGUUGGCGUCUGCUGUACCUCAGGCUCGAAAAGCAUCCUUGGCUCGAUUUUUAGAAAAGCGCAAGGAAAGGGUGAUGAAUGCAGCACCGUAUAACUUCAACAAAAAAUCUGAAGAGUGUGCUGCCGCAUAAUACAUCGGUGGUAACUUUUUUGCAGGUACUGCAACUAAUACUCUCAGCCAAGCAAGGAUAUCGUAGUAGUCCCUACCUACGUUUAGGAAACUAUGUAAAAGAAAAAUGUUGUUAGGAAAUUAUGUAAAAGAAAAAUGUUGUUGUAAGUUGAAACCUAAAAAUGUAAGCAUAUGUACUUGUGUUGACAUUCUCAAGUACCAGACCCGAUUAGUACACAUAUUCAUAAUUUUUGUGUUGUAGGGCUUUUGUGUUACAUGGAAGUUGGACUACACAUAGUGUUGGACCACUCUUUUCUUUUUCUA